CCCAAGCCGCAGAAAAGAAGUAGCCGGAAAACCAAAAGAGAGAAAAGGCAAGAUGUCGGGAAGAGGAAAGGGAGGUAAGGGACUGGGAAAGGGAGGAGCGAAGCGUCAUAGGAAGGUGCUCCGCGAUAAUAUCCAGGGCAUCACGAAGCCGGCGAUCAGGCGUCUAGCUAGGCGUGGUGGAGUUAAGCGUAUCAGCGGCCUCAUCUACGAGGAGACUCGCGGCGUCCUCAAGAUCUUCCUGGAGAAUGUCAUCCGCGAUGCCGUCACUUAUACUGAGCAUGCUCGUCGUAAGACAGUCACGGCCAUGGAUGUGGUGUAUGCCUUGAAGAGGCAGGGACGAACUCUGUACGGGUUCGGAGGUUAGGUCUAGGGUUAGGGAUUAAUGUGAUUUGGGGAUGAAUUGGGUAAAUUGGAAAGAUGGUAGGCAGGGCUGUGUUUAGGGCUUGUUUGGGGUUUCAUAAUGUUGAUAUGAAAUAGUGGUGUGGAGAAUUCAUAGUCUCUGUAUGUUGAAAAAUCCAGAUCUAAUAUCCUGCUAAUGAAUGCUUAUUCUAUGGCAUUGUUUGGUUUCAAUGGUCAAUUUUGGCUGUUAUUGAGCCAAAUUAUUCUGAUUAUGCUUGUAAAAAUGCAUUCAAUUUCUCAGUUUCUUCUUUCAAAAUGGAUUAUGCAAUAGGCCUUAUUCACAAAUGUCAAUAAAAUUCUGUGAUUCAA